CAGCUGACUUGUGUACAUAACCUUCAAAAAUAUUUAUUCAUCUCACUUUUUUGCUUGUUGUUAGUUGUUCAAACAAAUAUUUUUAAUUAGUUGGUAUUGUCGAGAUAAAAGACUGAAUCGAAUUCUUUUCUAUCGUCGAAUGAGGCUGAAUCAGAAUACUGAAACGAAUUGAAAUCUACGGUAAAAUAUUACGAUGUCAGUGGGAAAUUUUGUAACUGUCAUUGCAGACGACAGACUACAAUAACUUUUGUUUUUGAAGUCAAUCAAAGUUGAAAUUGGUUCAUCAUGUUGAGAUAUUGUAACAUUUUAUUAAAGAACACAAUAGUUCAAUUUAAUUAAGAUGAAAAAGAGAACCCGAAAUACAAACUAAUUUGUUUUGACCAAAUAGGAGUUACUCAUGAAUGUCAAUAAUCAUAAUCACAAUCAAAUUCCAAUUUUCCCUGCAACAUUAUGGGAAGACGUGAACUAGAAAAAGAUAUCCAGUUGACAAAUUUUGAACGAAUUUUGGCGAGUUUGUCGGCGGGGGCUGUGGCGGGGGGGUUGGCCAAAACCACUGUUGCCCCCUUUGACAGGACCAAGAUACAUUUUCAGAUCUCGAGCACGAAACAGUACAGCACUCGGAAGGCGAUUAGGUUUCUGGUGGACUGCUACCGCAAGGAGGGCCUGAGAAGCCUAUGGCGGGGCAACAGCGCCACGAUGGCGCGAAUCAUCCCCUAUGCGGCCAUUCAGUUCACGGCACACGAACAGUGGAAGCGGUUGUUGGGGGUGGACGCUGUCACAGCUCAUAGCAGUAGUUCGAAAAAGCGAUUUCUUGCUGGAUCGCUUGCUGGAGUGACGUCACAGGCGCUGACUUAUCCCCUGGACCUGGCCAGGGCUAGAAUGGCAGUAACUGGCAAGGAAUGCUACAAUUCGCUCAUUGAGGUAUUUUCAAAGACGUGGCAUGAUGAGGGUAUGAGAGGUUUCUACAAGGGGUUUGUGCCGACAGUGUUGGGCGUCAUCCCAUAUGCUGGCACCAGCUUCUACACCUAUGGAAUGCUCAAACUGUGGUACACAGAUAAGUUUGCCAACCCGCACCCGUUGCUGAACAUGGUAUGUGGCGCAUGCGCAGGAAUGCUGGGCCAGUGCACCUCCUAUCCUCUGGACAUAGUCAGGCGACGCAUGCAGACUGCUACCAUAACUGGCGGAGAAUACAACUCAACAAUACAAUCCAUACGAAAAAUAUACAGGGAGGAAGGAAUAAAGAGAGGUUUCUUCAAAGGACUGAGCAUGAACUGGAUAAAAGGACCGAUAGCUGUGGGAAUCAGUUUUGCAUCUUUCGACUACGUCCACUUGCUAACAAAGAGUGCCCUCAGCAAGACCCACCAUCUUUCCUGAGAGAUCAUUCAUUCAUUCAUUCAUUCUUGUCUUAUAGAACAGUAAAUACGUACUUCUGUAUCCUUCUGGCGUAUUUCUUGAAGGUAGCGGUCAAUUAUAAUUAGUUGUUAGGCGCGUUUUUAACUUUAUUAGUACGACACAUUGAAGUGUGAAAGUCAUUUUUUGUUUAGGUUACUUUAUUUUAUCUAAAUAAUUUAUUGAUUUUUUGUUGUAUGUGACGGUGGUGAGGCCUAAAGUAUAUGUCUAUAGCGUAGAAAUAUAAUAUAUUCCGAUUAUUUAUAGAAAAGAUCAGCGAAUGAAUCAAUUUUUAAACCAUGGAUUCUAUUUAUAGUUUUGUUAAAAUUUAUUAAGUUUGAAACUCACCGAUCUAUUUUAUAUGAAUUUUUAUGACAAAAGCCUAUAUUGAUUUUAUGGCUUGAAGCUAUAUUGUAUAAAUAUGAGAACAGUUACUAUUAUACAGUAAACUGUGGAAAUGAGUAAAUGAUUUAUUGGAAAAUAAUUUAAAUAUUCAUUAUUAGGUGGAGUUAAGAGACUUUUCUACCACUAAACCUUGAAUUUAUUUUAUUCGGAGAGAAAAAUAAGAAAUUAAAUAGUCGUGUAUUUGUACCAUUAAUCAACAUCUAAAUCUAAAAUGUAAGUUCUGAAUUCCACUUGCUGAUGUAAGUUUGAAGAUUUGCUUCUUUCUAAACUAUUUUUCUGUUCAAUUUUGUAAAUAUAAUUUCAAAAGUAAUGACCUUCAUUUCUUAUUAUUCUUAUUUUGAUAGUAUAUUGUAUGAUCUUAAUAUUAAUGCGCAUUGCUUAAAAGCAAAUAAUGGUAUAAAAUUAACUAAUUGAUUAAAAAUUAACACUACGUGUUAGGUAAUUAAUUUUAAAUUGAAUUUAAUAGUUCUCAAAAUCCACGCACAAGCUUCGAUCUCAUACCUAAAUACUCUCAUAAAAAGCAUUCAAAACUGAUUAUCAUAUUAUUAAUUAGGGUACUACGCAGAAUAUUUUAAAAAUCUUUAUAAAAUCUACUUGAAAACAAAUUUAUUGCGAUGAACUAAUUCAAUGCAAAUUCUAGUCAUCUAUCAACGAAACAUUGAAUAGUGCAAUACUUCCAGAAAUGUGCCUUCUUCAUUGUCAUUCACUACACUAAAUAUAUUAUGUAGACUAAUAUAUUACUAUAUAAUAUAGACCAUCAUUGAAACUGUAUUCUAUCCCAUACUAUUAUUACAAAUAUUUUUCAAGUUGCAUUGCUCGCUCACUUUCCUCAAAUUUUUUAAUCAAAUGAAAUAGGAAUUAUUCUUAUGUUGAAUUUAAUUCCAAUAUUUGCUUAUUGAAUUUUCUAAAAGAAAGUUAUAUAUCACAGCAAUAAAUUAAAUAUUCUAAAUACCUUCAGAAUCAUAUUUUAUAGAUACCUAUCUAAAAGUACUUUGUUUAAAUUAAAUAUAAUCAUUCCUUUAAUUAAAUCAUAUUACAAGCGUAUGAUAUCAGUAUAAUCUCAAUUAACUCAGAUAAUUUGUAUGUGUUUUUGUAUCAUAACUUAUUACUGAGAUUCAAUUAUCGUAUAUUCAAUCAUCUAAUUGAAUACAGUGCCUACAGUAAUUGUAUAUUUUGCCACCUUGAGCUGUAGAGUUAAUCCCACCUAAAAUAAAAACAUUGAAUUUG